UGCCGCCGCUUAUCUGCUUGUGCGUCGGCCGUCGGCGUCAGUCAGUCGGGGCCGCGGGCCGACGACGCUUAGUCCGCUGCUCGCGGUGCUCCGGCCCCUGCGCUCCCUUGGCGCGCCCGCAGACCCCGACCCGCCGGCCGCGGCGCCCUCGCCCCGCCACCAUGUCGCAGAGCGAGAGCCCCGGGCUACAGGAGGAGAGCCUGCACGGCUCCUGGGUAGAGUUACACUUCGGCAGUAACGGGAGUGGGAGCAGUGUUCCCGACUCCGUUUCUAUUUAUAACGGCGACCUGGAGAGAAUCCUGCUGGACGCGCAGCGCGAGUCCGGGCGCAGCAGCUCCAAGAGCUCUCACUGCGACAGCCCGCCCCGCUCACAGACCCCCCAGGACACUAACAGAGCUUCUGAGACAGACACGCACAGCCUCGGAGAGAAGAACAGCUCCCAGUCCGAGGAAGACUUCAUGGAGAGGAGGAAAGAGGUCGAAAGCAUCCUGAGGAAAAACUCAGACUGGAUUUGGGAUUGGUCCAGUCGGCCAGAGAACGUCCCCCCGGCCAAGGAGUUCCUGCUCUUCAAGCACCCGAAGCGCACGCCCACGCUCAGCAUGCGCAACACGAGCGUCAUGAAGAAGGGCGGCAUCUUCUCCGCGGAGUUCCUCAAGGUCUUCCUGCCGUCACUGCUGCUGUCCCACCUGCUGGCCAUCGGGCUGGGGAUCUACAUCGGGAGGCGCCUGACCACAUCCACCAGCACGUUCUGAUGCAGGCUUCAGCCCGGCGUCCCCACGCUGCGAGGCCCGCGCCCCGCAGAGGGCGCGGAAGCAGCUGUCGUCCUGGGCGGCCGCCCCGUGCGCCAUUUCUUCUGUCAGCGCCGCCUUCCUAACUCUGAAACAGACACUAAACCUCGCUCUCCCGCAGCCACGCUUACGGGAUCGAGCGACAAGCAUGUCAUUGAUUAAUAUCUACUGUAAUAAUUCGGUAGUAACCUUUCUUCCGAUAUUAUAAAUAUCAAAGUAUAAAUAAUUUUAAAAUAUCUAGCUAUGUUGUAUGUAGUAUUUUAACGAAUUACCUGCAACCGUGAUUGAAUUAAACACUAUUUUGAGAGAAGGAAUACUACUGAUACUAGAAGGACUACCUGAGGGGUUUACCUGAAUAAACACGUGGCCUUACUCCCGCUGCAGACGGCCCUUAGCGCCGAGUGUCUGGUGGCUUUGGUAGGCGGCGUGCAGAAUCCAGGCCGCAGCACGGCGGCGCCGAGUGGUCGGGCAGCACAACGCGGACCCCCGAGGCUGUCAGCACCACCGCGGGCAGCAGCCCCUGGCGGCGUGUGGGAUCCAGGCUGCAGCAGGCCGGGCUGCGCUGAGCCGUCCCCGCCCCGGGCCGUCGGGCAGCACGGGCGGACCCCCGAGGCCGUCAGCUCCGCCCCGGGCAGCAGCCCGUGGACAAGCACUGUCCCUCGCGUCUCCGGAUUGCUGACUUUAGUCUGUGUUCGGUUUCUGUGUGGUCUUAGUAUCAGCUUCAUUCUAAGCUAUUGUCUAUUUUAAAAGGCUGGAAAUAGAGAAAAAAUAAAUCUUUGCCAAAUCUCUGGUUAUGGUAUUAACAUACGGUUUAAAGCCAAACGGCACACAAGCUUCUUGGUGAAGCCAGGUGUAUCCCCACUGCCUGGGUGUUAAAGGAUGCCCUUUCAUACACUGUAUCAAUAAAUGCUGUUGUAUUUGCUUCACUUUUCCACACUAAAUUCCAGUUGUGUUCAAUAAAUGUAACAUUCUAAUUUUUAAAAA